CGCUGAUGCCCUGCUCUUUGGGUCCUGUCAGCGCUGCUGUUAUUUAUUUAAUGUCGGGAUUAACGGCGCGCAGCCCGGCCUGGUCCGCAACUCAGCCCCGGAGCGAGGUCGCUUCUCUCCCCGCCCCGGCUGGGCCCGGUUAGGCGGUGAUCGGGGACGAUUUUUAUUUCAUUCAUCGGUUAAUAUUGUUGAGGGGGAGGGGUCGUGGGAAUGAAGAAAUUCUUCGACUCGCGGCGGGAGGCGGCGGGCUCCGGUUCGGGAGGCGGCGGCAGCGGCGGGGGCGGCGGCUCCUGUCCCGGCAGCGGCUUCAUCGGCCGCGUCUUCAGCGUGGGCCGGCAGCAGGUCACGGUGGAAGAGGUGGUGGCUGAAGGUGGUUUUGCCAUAGUAUUUCUGGUGAAGACUCACAAUGGUGUGAAAAGUGCACUGAAAAGAAUGUACGUUAACAAUGAACAUGACCUGCAGGUGUGCAAGAGAGAAAUCCAGAUAAUGAGGGACCUGUCAGGGCACAAGAACAUUGUUGGGUAUAUUGAUUCGAGCACCACAGCUGUAGGUUCCGGAGAAGUGUGGGAAGUGCUGAUCCUAAUGGAUUUUUGUCGAGGAGGUCAAGUGGUGAACCUGAUGAACCAGCGCUUACAAACAGGAUUCACUGAGAACGAAGUAUUGCAGAUAUUUUGUGAUACCUGUGAAGCAGUCGCAAGGUUGCAUCAGUGCAAGACCCCCAUCAUCCACCGAGAUCUAAAGGUUGAAAAUAUAUUGCUUCAUGACAAAGGGCACUAUGUCCUCUGUGACUUUGGAAGUGCAACCAAUAAAUUCCAGAAUCCACAGCUUGAAGGAGUCAGCAUUGUAGAAGAUGAAAUUAAAAAGUAUACAACUCUGUCCUACCGAGCCCCUGAGAUGGUAAACCUAUACUGUGGUAAAGCUAUCACCACAAAGGCUGAUAUAUGGGCACUUGGAUGCUUACUGUACAAACUCUGCUUUUUUACACUACCAUUCGGAGAAAGCCAGGUUGCAAUCUGCGAUGGGAACUUCACAAUUCCAGAUAACUCCAAAUACUCCAGCGAGAUGCACUGCCUAAUAAGAUUCAUGCUUGAACCAGACCCUGACAAAAGACCAGAUAUUUAUCAGGUGUCCCACUUUGCAUUUAAACAAAUUAGGAAGGAAUGCCCUGUCCAGAAUGUCUGUAACUCUCCCAUUCCAGCGAAGCUUGUUGAGCCAGUGAAAGCAAGUGAAGCUGCUGCUAAGAAGACACAGCCCAAGGCGAGGCUUACAGAUCCAACUCCACCCACUGAGACCUCAAUAGCUCCUCGCCAAAGGCCCAAAGCUGGGCAGACUCCAGCCAACCCAGGAAUGCUGCCAAUUCAACCCUCACUCACACCACGAAAGAGACCGUCUGCUCAGACAGUUGCACCGCCAGCAGGUGUUGUCCUCGGCACUGCUCACAAUAAUCAAGCUCCUGGCGUGCAACAGCCUCUGCAACAGUCAAAACCUCAUCUGCAACAGCCGCAGUUGUUGCUGCAGCAGAAGCAGGUGCAGCCUCAGCCUCCACCUCAGCCACAAGCAGCAGUGCAGCAGAAGUUGCCUCAAGCUGCGGUACAGCCUCCGCCAGGCCCCCAGCAAGCACCUGUGCAGCCACAGCUCUUCCUCCAACAGUCGCAGCUCCUGCAGCAGCAGCAGCAGCAGAUGAUGGCUCAGCAGUACCACGCCAUACAGCAAGCGCAGCAACAAGUCAUGCAACAUCAGAUGAUGCAGAAUUUCUAUCUCCAGCAACAGCAGCUUGCCACAGCCAUGCAGCAGAUGCAGUAUGUGAGCCAGCAGGCUGCUAAUGUCCAGCAGCAGCUGACUGCAGCACACCUGCAACACACACCACUGCCCCUGCCGCAGCAGCAUGCUGCAGGCGCUCAAGCAGCCUCUCAGGAACAGGGAAUGACCCAGAUCCAGCAGCAGCAACAGCCGCCACAGGUGGCACCAAAUCAGUCUCCAAAGAUAGUGCCGAUGUCUGUGACUCCUCCGUCAUCACCCAAGACUCAGCGGGCCGGGCACAGAAGGAUUCUGAGUGAUGUCACGUACAGUGCUGUAUUUGGGGUUCCAGUCAGUAAAUCAACCCAGCUGCUCGCUGCCGCUGCCGCAGAAGCUGGAUUAAACAAAUCCAAGUCAGCUACAACAACUCCCUCAGGAUCUCCCAGGACCUCCCAACAAAAUGUGUAUAAUCCUCCCGACGUUUCCACCUGGAACCCUUUUGCUGACGACAAUUUUUCCAAACUCACUGCAGAGGAGCUACUUAACAAGGACUUUGAAAAGCUGAAAGAUAGUAAGGUUGAGAAGACAGAUGCUACCACUGAGAGUCUAAUGCCAGGGCUUCCAUCCGGUCAGGUCCAGGUGCAUGCAGAUGCUUUUGGAAUAGAUCCCUUUGCCUCUGGGACAGUUGGCUCAGCUGAAAAGACUUCAGAACUGUUGGUUCCAGACACUGCCAUCCCGCCAAUUAACGUACCCGAUCCUUUCACUCCUGUAACAUCAUCUGACCCACCAGGGAAGUCUGAGGUAGUGGUGGGAAAUCUCAUGGCUGGAUUUGAGUCUUCAAAGCCUCAGCAACUGGCACCACUGCAGGUGGAAGCUUUGGGUGCUGUGGCCAUUACAAGUGCUUCAGGUUUCCCAAGAGAUGGUUCUGGCCAUUCCACGGAGCAGUUCCGGUCACCUGCCAAUGAUGCCCCUAUUUUCUCUGAGAUUGGCAAGCCUAGGGAGCCCGACGCUGAGAAUGUGAAUUGGCCUAACCCUAUGGGUUCUUCCAGCUGUGGUUCAGUGCACAGCAGCGACGAUGAUUGCAUUGAGGAUCGUGGUGACCUCCUCGACAGCAGCGGCCACAGACCUCUGCUGUUGGAUUCCGAAGAGGACGAGGAUCCGAAUAAACCUCAGAAUUUGCUGAACCACGCAGGGGAGAUGGCGGGAGGACAAUUGAUUUCUGGUUCAGGUGAGACAGACCUGCAGGAACAAACAUCCAAACUCCACGGAGAAAAGGGUGAGGAAACAACCAGUGAGGCAGAUGUGUUCUCUGCCGCUCCCUUCAGGAACUCAAGGGGCACUGAUACGGUGCAGGGUGCUGUUGAUGUUUUUACCAGGGCUCCUUUUAAAGUGAAAAUGAAUGCUGCUAGAAAUCAAACUGAAGAGAAUGAUGUCUUCACAAAGGCACCGUUUUCAAAAAAGAAAACGCUGGCAACUUUGGAAGAAACAGUUGUGUACCCACCAGUUGAAGAGAUAUCUACUCACUCCCAAUUUGGAGGUGCUGCUGCAGACCCCAGUCAGGUUCGUCAAAGUAUGUUCUCUGGUUUUCCAGACACUUGUGUUGGACCGUCUGGCGGAGUGCAGCAACGAGCUGCGCCUUUCAUAGCUGGCAACCAGCAAGAUUCCAAGGAAGCAAAGUCCAACCGAGAAGGAGACCCAAUGAAGAAUUACGAUAAUUCCCAGAACCACCAAAUGCAAACCCCCAGCACUUUGCGAGCUCAAGAAGCAUUGCUACCUUCAGGGAGCUCCCAACCCUUCCGCCCUCAAGCGUUAUCCAAGUACUCCCGUCACUUCAAAGAGAAAGAGUGGCAGGGUCAGCUUCCCAGUACCUACUCAGUCACUCAUGACAUAAUUCAGGGGGUGCGAGGAACCACUAACCCUGCCUCGGUGGACCCAAGGACUCCCCAGGCGCAUGGGGCUGAUCCAUUUGCUGCAGCUCCCUUUCCCACUAAAUCCAGAAAUCCAAAACCUUGACUUGCAACCUGAAUGGAAGUGGGAGACGAAGAGGGGCAGAGGCAGGGUGGCAAUGAAGCAUCAAUUGAAAUUGCAGUAUCUCACUUUAACACCUGACCAGUUAAAGGCAGUGAGUCUUUUCCUUUUCACUUCAACAAAACUGUGUGAAACUAUUACAUUAUCAAAUCUCAGGCCUUGACUGUGCAAAUCUCUGGCAUUCAGGUCCACAUGAGGCAUGGUCCAACGCAGUAAUCACUUUGUGAAAGUGACCCAGGACUAAUGACUUCAAAAUUGGAUUGGGACAAAAUUACAGAAUCCACUGAAGUGGUUCAGCUUUUCCCAGCAUCAGAGAUACUCAAGAAGAUAGGAAGUGCAACACCAGAGCAGGGAAAAGUCAAAGGUUUCUCCUUCUUUUCAACAGACAUUGUAAAGACUCUAGCCUUAGUUAGGUUGAAUGCCAGAACAUACCUCAAGCUGGUUAUAAAAGUCAGAAGCUGGGAUAACCAAAAUUCCACCAGAGAAGUGUUGUCCAUUACAGUGUUCAAUCAAUCAUACCAAUUAGUCGCCUUGUGAUUUUUCUUUUUAAAAAAUGCAUUAAAUGUUUAAAUUUAGAAUACAACCAUGCAACAAAAUUGUAUGAAACUGCCUACUUUGUAGAUUGAAAGAAAAUGCAACUUUGCAGUGCCUUUUUAAUGCUUAAUUUCUUUCCAAGGACUCAGUGUGCAUUGAAUUGGGAUAUUGCAACCUGCAAGAGGCACUGCCCAGGUACUGUUUUGACUGUGCUGCCCUCCAAAGGUGUGGAGUGUGGUUUAUAGUGGCACUGUGUGCAGUGUAACCCUAUUUUAAUGCACAAUGUGCAAUUAAUGCAGCAAUCAGAGAUCCCUUUAUUCCUUUGCGUACUCGAUAAUUCUAGACAAUGAUAUUCAAGUUGAUUGAGCUUGCAUGAUGACUUCAUUUGAGUAUUCAAGUAACUACUUAAGAUCUCCAUAUCUUAUGAUAGUCUGAAAAAAAAAACCUUUCUGGAGGUCUGAAUUAAUUCAUUUGCACGUGAAUUUAUAUCACGCAGGAUUACCAAGAUUUACUAGAAUUAGUAUAUUUAAAGCAAGAAACACAUGACCACUCCAUUCUAUUGUCAAUGUACAGUAUGGUACACCAAUCACUCCCUCUGUUUGUCAGUGCAGAAUGCUGUACAUUGAGAGUAAUUUUGAGUUGCACACUUAUUAAAGUGAUUUAAACUAUAUUUGAUGUUAGAUUUAUUUUUCAUUGAGCAUUAUCCCCAUAAGCCCGCUUGAAAUGGACUGGUGAACCCCUAGUUGGUGCAUUGCAAUCAAAACAAUGGCUUCUACCUCAACACUUGCUCUGGGAGGUAGAGUGACUCAGAGGAGAGGAAUUAGCAUGUUGGUGGAAGGAAGGAAACUAAUCCAGGCUGGUGCAGAUAGGGGAGGGUGUGGCAUGAUGCAGAUGAGAGAAAAGGAAAAUGAUUUCUGCAAGCUCCCUGAGAAAUUGGCAAAGGUUUUUAGAAUGCUGCUGGGGGAAAAAAAAUUAACAAAAGAAAAUAGUUACUUCUGUAUCCUCACAUUUAUUGAACAUAUAUUUUAAUUACAUCCACUUAAAGUUCAAUAAUAUCUUAAUGCUAAAAUGAAUUGUUUGCAUUGCUUUCAGUAGAGAUUAAAAUUCUACCACAGUUAA